AUGGGAGAAGGAAACCAAACUUCUGUGGCUGAAUUUAUCUUGCUGGGACUUUCACAGGAUCCAAAGAUCCAGAUCCUGCUGUUCUGUGUUUUCCUUACCAUUUACCUUCUCUCUGUGUUUGGAAACCUGCUUAUAAUAAUCAUUCAAAGUGACUCUCGACUUCACACUUCCAUGUACUUUUUCCUCAAAAACUUGUCCUUUGCUGACCUCUGUUUCUCUACAAGCAUUGUUCCUCAGAUGUUGGUCCACUUCCUCGUAAAAAGGAAAACCAUUUCCUUUGCUGGAUGCUCACUGCAGAUAAUUGUCUUCCUUUUAGCAGGGUGUACAGAGUGUGCACUUCUGGCAGUGAUGUCCUAUGACCGCUAUGUGGCUGUCUGCAAGCCCCUGCGUUAUUCCACUGUCAUGACGCAGAGGGUUUGUGUCCAGUUGGCCAUAGUGUCUUGGAUCAGUGGGGCAUUUGUAUGUUCAGUGGACAGUGCAUUUACACUGUGUCUCCCCUACCAGGGACAAAAUAUAAUUAAUCAUUAUUUUUGUGAACCUCCUGCACUCCUGAAGCUGGCUUCAGCAGACACCUACAAUGCUGAGAUGGCUCUCUUUUCAAUGGGUGUGAUUAUCCUCUUAGCACCUCUCUCCCUCAUCCUUGUCUCCUACUGGCAUAUUAUCUCAACAGUGAUUCAGAUGCAGUCAGAGGAGGGGAGGCUCAAGGUCUUUUCUACCUGUGGCUCUCAUCUCACUGUUGUGGUUCUCUACUAUGGCUCUGGAAUAUUUGCCUACAUGAGACCCAAUUCCAAGACAAUGAAUGAAAAGGAUCAGGUCAUCUCUGUGUUCUAUUCAGUUAUGACUUCCAUGUUGAACCCCAUAAUUUAUAGCCUGAGGAACAAGGACGUGAAGGGUGCUCUCAGGAGGCUGGUUGGAAGAUAG